AUGUUUCCAACAGAAGCUCUUAUUGAUACAUCAAUUUUGCCAUCUGAUAUCAUGUUAUUACGUGACGUUAAAUUUUUUGAUUUUGUUCGAAAAGAAGCUGGUGAUGCUGCUGUUGAUCUUUUUGAAAUUCAAAGUAUCAAUUGUGUUAAAUCUUUGUUGAUGACAGUUGAUGUUUAUUGUAUUAUGAAUUUGAGAAGCAAAGCUUUAGAUUGUUUUAAAAAUAAACAUGGUUUUAUGCUUGAUGAUGAUACAUUCAUUAUAAAAACUGGUAUAAAAGGAAAUAUGGACUAUCUUAUUGAUUUAUUAAAACAAAAAUGUACUGAUGAUGCAAAGUUAACAAAAUCUUCAAAACGCAAUCAAUCAUCAUCACCAUUAGAUAGAACCAUAAACAGAUCCUCAACUACCACAGAAUCAACAAUGGCGUUUUUAUCGAGUAAUUCAUCAAACGUUGUCACAUCAAAAUCUUUAAACUUAUCACUCGAUGAACAUAAAACUUAUAUAAAUAAUACACUGAACAAUUGGUGUAAAAAUAAUGAAUCAAGACUUAAUUUGUCAAAUGUGUCCUUGAUUGAAGCUGCAGAUAAUCAACAAUCUUUUACAUGUUCAGAUACUGUAUCAGAUCAAGAAUCAUCAUCAGAUACUACACCAGAUCACGAAUCAUCAUCAAAUGCGGUAUUACUUAAUUCUACGUCUACCUCUAUAACAACCGAUGAUCAUGAGAGUCUUGAACGACCUUCGCCAUUAUUAAAAAGUAAAAACGGUUGCCUAGGACUAGGAGUUUAUUUUACUCGAUCAAUUGAAGGAACAAUUGAAAAAGCUGAAGGUACAGGUAGUGCUCAUAUUAUUGCAGAAAUCUAUAUAGAAAAAGUUUAUGAAGCUGAAAGAAAAGUUAUAAGUAGAGGUCAUCAAAAAUUUGGGUGUGGGUGGGUGUGA